AUGUUCGAUUAUGUAAACAUUAUACAAACAUACUACUGGAGCGGUUGUGCCCGAAAUACUGGAAAUCUUUUCGAGGCGCAUCUGUAUGCCAGAUAUUUGUCACAGAGAUCAUUCAUUUUAAUCUGCCAGCUGAUCUGGUUAAUUAAGGGUAUCACGUACAGACGAAUACAACUGCUUGCAAUAAGCAUGGAUAGAAAGUACCUUGAUUUUUUUGGAACAAUAUUUUGUCAUAAAGAGUUUUGUGGUUAUAUUGACGCCAACACUGAAGUCAUUCAAAUGUUAAUCAAAAAAGCAAGUUCUAAAACUCUGAAAAGGUAUGGAGCAAGUACAGUUUGUCUAUCGAUUAUUUUUUUAUGGAUACUAGGUUGGACCGAUUACAUUUUCGAGAAAUCUUUCUCAAAAUUCGAUUGGCCACCAUAUAUAAAUGUUCGGGAGCAGGUACUACUGGAGUUAACUGGUCAAGCAGCAUCUUAUCUAUAUGAGAAUGACUGGGCUUACUUCAAACCAUUUCAUAUUCCGACAUGCGAGAUCAACAUGGAAAUGAAUAAAUUUUUAUUGAUUAUUGUAAAAUCUUCACCAUUACAUUUUGUAAAACGGCAAGCAAUACGUAUCACAUGGGGUUCAGUGUUCAAUCAUUCUGAUUUCACGGUGAAAACAAUAUUUGUGAUUGGCCGAGAACCUUUUAAUCAGGAAAAUAAACGACUGCAAAAAGAAAUUGAUUUAUAUAAUGAUAUACUAAUUGGUGAUUACAUUGACAGUUAUCGAAAUAAUACAUUGAAGUUUUUAUCAGCAGUGCAGUUUUCAUUCAGUUAUUGUCAUCAUAAUUAUACUGUUCCCUAUGCACUUUUUGUUGAUGAUGAUUAUUUGGUCUUGGUGCAAAACCUAGUAGCAGAAGUGAAAAAAUAUGAUGUAUAUGAUCGGCUGUAUAUGGGUUGGAGAUUUGAUACGCGACCAUUUAGGACCAGAUUUCAUAAACAUCGGGUAUCAAUUGCAACAUAUCCCUUCAACCGUUAUCCACCCUAUAUAUCUGCCGGCGCAGUAUUGCUAUCAUUACAAACCAUUCGCGAAAUGUAUUAUGCGAUACAACAUACGAAACUUUAUUCGUAUGACGAUAUCUAUGCUGGUAUAUUGGCGAAAUCAUUGAAGCUGACCGUCAAGCAUAAUAAAAAUAUGCGCUUCUGGAAGGCAAAAAUUGGCGUGAAAGAAGCAAAAACCCUAAUUUGUGCUCAUGGAUUUGAAGGGAAACGCCUGAAUUUAAUUUAUAACAAAUUGAGAGCUGAAGGAGUUCUUUAG